CCCCCCUUAAAUUAAUGAUUACUAUUAGUACUAAUUAAAGAAGGAAAAAAGAAAAAGAAAGAAAAACCAAUGUAGUAGAGUAGUAGUAAUAAAUGGACGGACGUAUGAUUUCAAACUCAAAACACACAAAAAUCCAAUCCACCAACUCUCUCUUUUACUUUAAAAAUCUGUCUUUCAUUACCGUCAAGAAGGAAUCAAUCAGAAUACACAUUAUAAAACUGUCUCUGUAAAUUGGAAGUUUGAAUAUUUACUGAGAAAAAAAAAGAGUUUUAAUGUCAUUUUCAAAUCCCUUCCCCUUCCCGAUUUGGUUGAUUUAAUCUCAUUUUUCCCCCAUUGUUUAGCAGCACUGGAGGAUUACCGAUGAUUAUUAUUUACUCUUCUUCUACAUUUCUUAUAUACUACUAGUACUUAGUAAAACUGCAUUGGAAUUUUUGAAAUGUUCCAACUGGGUUUGAUAUGGAGAUGAAUAAGAAGAGCAUCAUCAUCAAUUUUAAUGGAGUCGGCGAGUGAUUCAUGAUGUUCCCCGCCCCUGCUGCCCACGAGAUCUAGUUCUUACUACUUCAACUUCUUCUUCUUCUUCUGCCGGCGGCCGCUGCCUCCUCCUCCGCCGUCGUCACACUCCCCGCUAGGGCUUUGCCCCUCGCUAUACGAAUUCAAAUCGUAUUAUCAUCGGCAUUUGGGAUUCUUCUCUUUUUGUUUCCAUGACUACCACCAAACGUGCUUAUAAGUUACAGGAAUUUGUAGCACAUUCAGAGAGUGUCAACUGUCUGAAGAUUGGGAGGAAGUCAUCAAGGGUACUGGUCACUGGUGGAGAAGAUCACAAAGUUAAUCUCUGGGCCAUUGGCAAGCCCAAUGCCAUUUUGAGCUUGUCGGGUCACUCCAGUGGGAUCGAUUCAGUUGGCUUUGAUUCUUCUGAAGUUUUGGUAGCUGCCGGAGCUGCUAGUGGUACCAUCAAGCUUUGGGAUCUAGAAGAAGCCAAGAUUGUCCGUACUUUGACGGGUCAUCGUUCAAAUUGCAUCUCUUUGGACUUCCAUCCUUUUGGAGAGUUCUUUGCAUCUGGCUCACUGGACACGAAUUUGAAAAUUUGGGAUAUCAGAAGGAAAGGUUGUAUCCACACUUACAAGGGUCACACUCGAGGAGUCAAUGCUAUAAGGUUUACACCGGAUGGCCGUUGGGUUGUCUCUGGCGGAGAGGACAAUACUGUCAAGCUAUGGGAUUUAACUGCCGGGAAGCUUUUGCACGAUUUUAAGUGCCAUGAUGGACAGAUUCAGUGCAUUGAUUUUCAUCCUCAUGAGUUUUUGCUGGCAACAGGUUCAUCAGAUAAAACUGUGAAAUUUUGGGACCUGGAGACUUUUGAACUGAUAGGGUCUUCUGGACCUGAGACCACUGGAGUGCGUUGCAUGACAUUUAAUCCUGAUGGUAAAACUCUUCUCUGUGGUUUGCACGAGAGCUUGAAGGUAUACUCAUGGGAACCCAUCCUAUGUCACGAUACAGUAGAUGUCGGGUGGUCUAAAUUGUCCGAUCUUAAUAUUCAUGAAGGGAAGCUUCUUGGAUGUUCUUAUAACCAGAGUUGUGUUGGUGUAUGGGUUGUAGAUAUCUCGCGCAUUGAGCCUUAUGCCAUGGGAAGCACAACUCGGUUAAAUGGGCAAUCAGAAUCCAAAACCAAUAUGAGCGGUAAUUUGUCUGUGCCAAGUGAAGAUGUGGUCAAGGCCAGUUUGGGCAGGUUGUCCAUUUCACAGAAUUCAGACCCUGUCCGAGAAAUUAAAUCUUCCAGCAGACUCUCUACUUCACAAAACUCAGACCUUAGUAAAGAAUCUAAAUCUUUCUCCUCCGCUGGAAGUGUACCUGGUACUCCUCAGAGAGUAAACCUUAGUAAUGGGCCAAAAGUUGCCCCCGUCAGUUCAGCAGUAGUUAUGAAUACAUCGACGACUAAGAAAAAUCCAGUGAAAGUCCAGUCCGUCACAAAUGCAUCAAUUUUCCAACGAUCUGAUGUGAUACCCAUUGUUGUACCACGAAAUAGCUUGAGGUUCGAUCAUGCUGCGGAAUCAAGGAAAGAAGGAAUAAUCGGAAGAACUAUGCCCUUGUCGUUGCAAUCAAAAGGAUCUGAUUCUCGCAUUUCUUCAAAUAAUAGAGAUGAUUCAGAGAGGUCAAUUGGUCCGUCACGGCCUGAAAUUGAGGUUCCAAAGGUUACUGAAUUGGGUACAGUUGCUGAAAGGAACAGCAUUGCUGUAGAUGAGACUCGUAUCCCAAAUAGUAUUAGUAGAGAAUCAAAUGUGGUUGAUGGUAAAAGAGGAGAUGAAAUUCGUGUAUCAAAUGUCAACAGAGAAUCAAGUGUGACUGAUGGUAAAAGAGCAGGAAGAACGCGUUCGAUCGUUGCCAAUUGGGAGAGGAAAGAUAGAAUUUCCUUUAAUGAUGGUCUUGCUUCCAGUGAUAUUCCCGUGACAAUACAUGUUCCAAAGACACAGCCACCAAGCAUGAGGAGCCAGCCUGUAUAUGCUGAAAAGGAGGAAGCCGUGUGUACUAGUGAGGAGGAUGUUAUUGAUGCCUUGAUGAAAAAUCAUGAUCAAUUUCUUGGAUCAAUGCACUCCCGUUUUGUUAAAUUACAGAUGAUCCGUAGUCACUGGCAAAGGCAUGAUAUUAAAGGUGCCCUUAGUACGAUGGAGAAAUUGGGGGAUCAUGGUGUGAUUGCUGAUAUGAUGAGCCUUAUGACGGAAAAAAUUGAUAUUGUGACGCUAGAUAUCUGCACGAGUCUCCUGCCACUUCUGAAUGUGCUUCUUGAGAGUAACAUGGAUAGACAUCAGAACAUCUCACUGGAUAUGCUUUUGAAGCUGGUCAGAUUGUUUGGGUCACUAAUUUAUUCUUCACUAUCUGCAUCUUCAUCUGUAGGAGUGGAUAUUGUGGCAGAGCAAAGGUUGGAGCGCUGCAACAUUUGCUUUAUCGAGCUUGAGAAAGUGAAACGUAGCUUGCCUAGCCUAUGCAGAAGAGGCGGUUCAGUUGCCAAGUCGGCGCACGAGCUAAACCUAGCACUUCAAGACGUUUCAUGAGGAACUAUAGUUAAUUGAAACUAGUUUAGUUGCAAAUAUUGGUUGAGAUAGCUAACAUCAGAGCUCUCAAGUCGCAGUGAUGUUCUUGUUCACGUGGUUUGUCCGAGCUUGAAGCCCUAUACAAUGGUCUGUCUACCAAAGUCGAGGGAAUUGACGAACUAAUUUAUUCAUUUAAACUAAACCGUCAUUUCUGAGGUAUGAACCACAACCUGCUUGAUUUCUUUCGGCUGCUUGAACAGAUACUGGGAAUCAUCAAACCUGGUGGAAUCAUGAGAUCUGCUUUCUUUUCCUAACACAUAAUCAACACUGCUAAUCCAGCGAUCCCUAGUUAUAGGCUAAGUGGGGGAACCCAAUUGUGUUGCUUAGUGUAAUUUGUAAUCUUGUAUUGGACAG